CAAAUAAAAAGUUGCGUAUUCUUUGUUCCAGAAAACUGAAAAGUGAAAAGUGAAAACCUCCUUUCCCUCUUUCUGGGUUCAUUCUUCAUCUUCUUCAUCACAAUUCACAAACAACUUCGAGGGUUGUAAUUUUAUGGAUUGUUACAGAAUCAGAUGUUGUUCACCUCGUAUUAUUGCUUCUUAUCCGUCCGAUUCUUCCAUCUUCGACAACGUUUCUCAGCCUUACGAUCUCGUCAAUCCUGUUUCUUCUAGAUUUUCGCCUUGGUUUCGCUACCUCCGCUUUAGGCUUCCUGGCUUACGUUGAGGUUUUACUUUUCUAGAGAGGUCAGGUUUAUUGGAGGCGUCAGGCGUGUAUUUGUUGUAAAAUAUAUAUUUUAGUCCGCGGGGGAUAUAACAGCUCUUGGAUCGACCCUUGCCUCUUUGAUUGGGUUGCAUAAUCACAAGCAAGGGCGAUCCAAAGAUGUCAUGGAGACGAGCAAAAACCUCUGGUUGGACUGCAUUUGACCAGCAGCAAAGGCAGCAAAAUAACUGUGGAACUCGUUCUAUUUAUGAGCCCUUUCCUUCGCUGCCAAGUACAGUUCAAGCGGCAAAUUCUUUUUCUAAAAACAAGCACGGCCGAGUAAAGUCAUUCUCAUCAGUUAUACUGCCAUCACUAGAUUUUUCAGCUCCUUUACAAGAUGAUAUGAAAAGUAAGCCAUCUGCAGCUGGUAGCUCUAGAGGCCCUCAAAUCAGUGAGGUUUCUCAGGAAAAGAAAUUUGAUUUGGUUUUUAGACAGCUCAGAGAGCUAUUCGGUUGGGCUGAUGAUAGUUUGAUCGAGGAUAUAAUGGCUGCUAGUGGCAAUGACUUUGACCAGGCAUCAUCCUUUCUGAAAGCCAUGAUUUCUGAUCAGAGUUCACAGGAACUCAAGAUUGAUGAGGUGGGAAAUUAUAGCUGUGAUUCCAUGGAACCUUCAGGCAAUGGCAAAUUAAUGCAUGAAACGAAAGAUGUGUCCUGGAAAGAGAUUUCCGAACCUGCUAAGAUGUGCUCUGUUCUGGAGCCUUUUGUUGGCAAUAACAACAACAAUGUGACCGAUGAAUUUACUCUUUCUGCUGAAAAUCUGUUCAAAGAUUGUACAGAAAUCAACGCAAUGCUGAGCCGAUUGACAAGCGUACCUGUUGAGCCUGAGUGGGAAGAGGAUGAUGUAUACUUGAGUUGCCGUAAAGAGGCAAUAAAAAUGAUGAGGGCUGCUACCCGUCAUUCCAAGGCAGCAACUAACUCCUUUUCACGAGGUGAUCACAUCUCUGCCCAACAGUUUUCUCUGGAAGCUCGGAAAGAAUGGAAGGCUGCACAAAGUCUCAAUGCAAAGGCUGCCUGUGAGAUUUUGAGCAUACGAAAUAAGAACAAUGGGAUAUGGAUUUUGGAUUUGCAUGGUCUUCAUGCUUCAGAAGCAGUCCAAGCAGUUAAGGAACGCCUAUAUAUGAUUGAGGCUCAAGUGCUGUCACAUAAGCAGUCCAAGCAGCAAAGGCCCUUGGAAUUUCCAAACAGUUUCAGGACCAAGGCAGAAGCCUGGCGUGAUAAAUUUUCUGAUAAGUGCAAUAACUUGGAACAGUCAGAUGAGCAGGCCGCCCAUAAGCUGAAGCCAAUAUGUUUAGAAGUCAUUACAGUUGAAUCUUGUUCUUUGGCAGGCAUCGGGAAUCAUAGCCGUGGAGGAGCUGCACUUCCAACCGCCGUGAAGACCUUCCUUACUGACAACGGGUAUUGGUUUGAUGAAGCGAGGCCAGGGGUAAUUAUGGUUCGACCUAAGUUCCGUCCAAGUUGAGGCUUUCACUGAUGGAACUUUUUAUUUUGUUACAGCCCCCUUCAAUUAUUGCAUUGUUACUUGAAGCAACUCCAUUCUUGGAAUCACUCAUGAGUACUCACCAUUGUUUGUACAAUACUUGUAAUUUUAAACAGGAUAUAGCAGCCUAGCUUCUAUAUUAAAUUCAUUUAUUUGUAUUUUCCGAGAUGCUGGAAAUAGGAAAGCUGUAAAGUACGUAUUUUCAUAAUGUGAGUAAUUCUUCCUUUA